AGAUUGAGGGCUCGUAUAGGCAUUCAAAUAGAGUCAGAACAAACUCCAGGGAUCAGAGCAUCCCACAGCACUGCUGUGCACCUCCAUCUCCGUUCCUGUGACAGACUUACUGCUUCCAUUUCAGAAUCCCAAAGAGUGUCUGUUGCCCUCUUAAAUCAGGGGAAUAGGUCUGUUAAUUUUUCUAGCUGUGCAUGCAUCUUACAUCAAGCAGGAGCUGGCAGGCACUGCAGUAAGGUUUUUCCUCCUGGAUACAUCUCUAAAUUUGGAUGCUUUUGUUUCUUGAUCUUCCAUAUUCCAGUGCAUACUGAGCUGUCCUGUGUUAUCUUACUCCAUCCUGCAAAGAUCAGAAAAUCUAGGUGUUUCCAGGCUUGGGAUGAUGACAACGUCGUGUUAUCAAAACAUUUCCCUGCCUCUGUGCUGUAAGGCUCUUCUGGCCAUCCCUGUGCAGUGUUUCAGUUUAUUGUUUGUGCAGUUUGACCAAAUAAGUGGCUCUGGGCUGAGCAGCUGCUGGAUUUGCCAGUAUAAGUAGUAGCACUUAAUUGAGCCUAGAUUAUCUGUAGAUGUAGAGCAUGCUGGCUUCCUCUGCCUUUCUGCCAUCUUCUCCAAUUAACUUUCAUUUCUCUGUUCUCGUUGCAGAGUAAGGAAGUGGGAUUGCAGCUCCAGGAAGACUUGAUAAAGGUCCUGAAUGAACUCUACACGGUUAUGAAAACCUACCACAUGUACAACGCUGACAGCAUCAGCGCUCAGAGCAAACUGAAAGAGGCAGAGAAGCAGGAGGAGAAGCAGAUUGGGAAGUCAGUGAAACAAGAGGAAAAGCAGACGCCGCGCUCCCCCGACUCAACUUCCAAUGUCAAAUUUGAAGAAAAACACGUCCGACGGAGCUCUGUCAAGAAAAUAGAGAAAAUGAAGGAGAAGCGCCAAGCCAAGUACACAGAAAAUAGGCUGAAGGCUAUUAAGGCAAGAAAUGAAUAUCUGCUGGCUCUGGAAGCAACAAAUGCGUCUGUCUUCAAGUAUUACAUUCAUGACCUGUCUGAUCUCAUUGAUGUAAGUGCUGCUGCUCGGGUGCUUAUGGUGAAUAUCAUUGCCAUUAACCCUCAUGUGUGUCUCUGCUCCUUCAAUGCUGCGUGUACACAGCUGGCAACAUCCCUGCAGCUGUGAUGUUGCAGCUCUGAUGGCAGUAAGAGCCACGGUAACCAAACAUUAAUCUGUUAAGUGAGCUUUUCUGAGGUGUUUCAAUCAGUCUGUUACGCAGAUAGAAGCUUGCACAAUACACCUGGCAUUGAAAUGUGUAGAAUGAAAGUUGCUUAGUUAAAAUGGAACGGUUUUGGUGUGACGUUUCUGUUUGCUAUUUUAAGCAAACCCUCAGCUCAGAAGUGUGUUUUUUAGAAAAGGAGGAUGUUAACUGUAAAAAUCAGUGUGGCAGCUGGUGAAGGAAAUCGAGGGCAGGAGCAUUUCCUAAAAGUGAUUUGAACUUGUUUCUGAAAGAUUCCAUCCGUUUCAAACGGUUGCUUUGGGUAGCAUGUCUGACAGAGAGGGAUGUCCGUACCAUUCAGAGCUUCCAUUCUCUGAUAGCCUCAUCCACCAGGAGCCUGAUGUGUUCCUCCUGUCCGUGGGACUGCAGAGCAGUUCUGGAUGAUGUGAAAGGAACUCGUUCCCCAGCUGCCCCCAGACUUUGCUCUGGAGCCAAGUGAAAGCCCUCAGCAUUCCAUGGGCCUUAGUUCUGCUCUUGGUAAGAUGCACAGCAAGAAAAUAAAUCUCUCCUCUUUGAAAACCCUUUGAAAGCCAGUUAGGAAUCCCAGCAUUUCUUAGAAACUGUUCCGCUUCAGCGUGCACAGCUGAGUCCCACGUGCACUGACUGUGUCGUGUCUGGGUCUGUGACUUCUGCUGGGUCUUCCUCUGCCCACCAGCACAGCCCACUGCAUCCCUGUUCAGAACACUGUUGUAGAGGGAACUUUCUUUGUAGGUGGGUGGGUGGAUAACUGGCAGAAAUGUCUUGUUACAGGCAGUAAAGGUCACUGGAUGCUGUCAGUCAGCCAGCUGCACAGCACCUGACAGUAUGUAUCAUGCACCAGUGCAGCUGACUGAAAAAUCACACAAGGUGCACGUAGGCAUUUAUUAGCUAUUCAUUUUUUUAAAUCCCUCCUUUGGAGGACAGGCCUGUCUGUGUUAUGAGCUUUGAGAAACGCUGUUAUUUCAAAAUAUCAUGUUUUGUAAUGUUUGUUUUGGAAAUCUUCUCUCUAAAUCCUCCCCCAGAUAUUGCAGAUGUGCUCGAUCCAGUUGCCUGCUAUCAGCCUGCGCUCGGUGGGUUUUCAUGGAUCACAUAGGAAGGAAUUGGUUUGGAUUUCAUAAACCCCAGACAAAUUUUCACCCAGACCUGAGAUCUGUAGUAGUUUGUUGGCAGACGUGGGUUACCCAGCUUUGAAGGAAGUGCUCCUUUUGCUGGGUGCUCUCAGCCAUCCCUGGGGCACUGCAGGCAGUGAUGCAGGACCAGAACCCACACUGCAGGGCACUGAUCUGUCACUGCUCCUCGACAGCAGUGGCUCAGAGCAGUUCUGUGUCCCUGCUAAACCCCCCCACCCUUAACAGAGCAUCACAAGCUCUCAGAAUCUUUAAAAGAAAAGUGUUACCUGCUAUGGUUUCAGAAGGCAUGGGAAGAUACGGAAUGUAACUGAAUUGCAUCUCCUGUGCUCCCAGCUAUCUCACUGCUAAGACACAGUGAAUAUGGAUUUAUUGAUGCUUUGAUCUGAAGGGCCGAAAAUUGACAAUGAGGGCCAGUGAUGUUUAUCAGGAGCAUCUGACUGAAAUAAAAAUAUGGUGGUUUUUUUAAGCUAGCUCUUAAUUCUUGUCCUUGAUCUAAUCGUUUGAUACCGCAGCUUCAAGUAUAAUAGAAAAGCAAUCUUCAAAGUUCCAAAUAAAUUCUGUUAGGCCAAAUGCCUUUAAACUCGCCGUGUUUGUACAGCACAAACCUGUGUUCACAGAAGGAUAACAGCACAUUGCUUCUUCUGUGUGAGUUAAAAGCAAUAAGCUGGCAGAGCUCUGAAUCUCCUGACUUUGGGGACAGAGGCACUUCUUUGAUGCUAAUGAAACAUUACAGUAAUGGGGAAGAGAUAUUAAGAAAUACCUCCUGUUUCUGGAGGGGUCACUGGGACAGAAUGUCUUUUAAAAUGCAUGGGAUAUACGAGUCCUGAAGCUGAUUUUUAUGCUGUUUGCUCAUGGAAUUCCUUUUUUCCCCUUCCAAAUGGAGAUGGUGCUUUAAGACAGAGGGCUCUUAACUCUCUCCUCGACUCUUCUGCUUUGAGGUUUUUUGAAAGCCUCUGACUGGAGAAGGGUUAAUCAGCUGUCAUGUUGGGAAGUGAAUGUGAAUGAGUUAUCAUUAAAUUCUUAUAAAAAAUUGAUUUCCUCGGAGAACGAUUCCAUCAAACAUUUAUGUAAC